AUGACGAUGUGGCUCCCUAGUAUGCUAUACGCACAUCAGAAACUGCACUUCUGCUUAAUCUUUUACAAACCAAGGUCACCAUUUUCCCUCAAUUUUUUUCGAGAUGUUUGCCCUGAAGUUGCUCCUGCUUGUACGUUGGACGUUUUUGUUCACCGUCGAGCCAGUAAAGCACCCUACAGCUUUCCGACCGUAUCCCUACCGAGCCCUCACCUUUUUUCCCUUUUGUUCAAUUGUAGUUUGCUGCGUGUCUACCUCGAAAAUGAUAUCUCAACGUGUCGGGCACUGGUAGGCCCUCUUUCAACCAUUUCCCAUACUGGUUCUUUAGCCUUCAAAAGUUGCAGGGUAUGCGCCACUUCCCUGUAAGUCUUAGCUUCUUCCCUGCUCUAACCUUGCACUUUUUCAUCAGCUAAUUCCCAUCUCCCGAAUGAUGAGCCAAGAAUGUGGCAUCACUAACAUUCAAGACGAGGAGGACUACCAGAAACGUGUGCUGGAGAACGUGAAACCCGUGAUUGUUGACUUCCAUGCUUCAUGGUAUGUAUUAUGUGACUGUGUGAAGAAGUAUAUGGGAUCGCUUACUAACUUGCUACACUCCCAGGUGUGCUCCAUGCAAACUACUUGGCCCUCGACUAGAUAAGGUGAUGGAGAAGUACAUGGACAAGGUGUUGCUGGCUAAGGUCGACAUUGAUAAGCUUGAGACCGUAUCAAUGAACAAUGGGGUGAGUUGUGCGGGAAGCGUGUUGAAUUUCGUGUUUAGCGUAGAUACUUGCGAAUCUGGUACCAGUUUUCUUCUACGAGCACGCUCUAUCCCUACGUAUAUCUUUUUAUGCUUUUGUACGAAGAUCUGGUGUUUAAUUGUUCCUCGAAGUUACAUUAUUACAGCCUAACAUGCAUUUUGAUGUCGGAAUGUAUUUUAGCGUAAUGAGUUCCCGAAAGGCAGGUACUGCUAG